AUGGGUGCGCUCUUGACGUCCACGCCUAUCCCGAAGACACUGCAGCAGUUCCGAGAGAAGCUAGGGGAGGAGCAAGCGCGGUCAAGGAAAUUAGAGGGGCAGUUAGCAGCCGCUGAAAACGAGCUGACCGAACUCAGGAAUUUUGAUCUCCCAGACAACGAUAUAACUAUCGCGUUGAGGAAGGAGUUGCGGAAUUCGAUUUUACAACUAGCCGAGGAGAAGGCGAUUUCAAGUGGCUUGCGCAAGAAACUUGCCCAUGUGGAAACUGAGUUGAAUUUGUCGAAGCAAUCCGUCGCCACGCACGCAGACAAUCUACUUAAGGCGCAGGCUAGCCAUGCUAAGAAACUCCAGAAUGUGCACGAAGACAUGAACAACCUCACGAGAGAGGUGGACGCGCGCAAGAAAAAACUGGAGGACCGGGAGAACGAGGAGGAAGAACUACAAGUCAAAGCCGAGGAGCUGCAAUCGCAUGAGGCCAAGCUCAAAGAGGAGGGCCGGCGUCUCCAGAACGCGAAGAUUUUGAAUGAAAUGAAGCGCCAGACCCGGCUCCUGGAAGAGCAGUUCAAGAACAACGGGUGCCAAGCUGUGUUUAAAGAGCUCGAAGCCAACCUCAACCGGAUCGAGGAAGAGAGGGCGGCGAUGCAAGCAGAACGGGGUGGAGUGAGAACGCAGUUGGAAUCGAUGAAGGCUGCGCUAGAGGCGGUGAAAACGGAGAACAGCGGAUUGCAAGACACCAUCGCGAGACGAGAGCUGCAUCUGCAUACGUACAAGUAUAGCGCGGUGACCAAGGAAGCUAUCGAAGCGUUCACAGAAUGGAACGCCGAGAUCCGAAAUGGUAACACGAGCACAAUGCAGAAGAAGCGCGACUUCAAUCUGGGCAAAAUGAAGGAGGCGUUUGGAUCGAAGACGGCGGACGCUGAAGAGUUCAAGGCGCUUGCGGUCGAGUUCUGGGAGAAAAGAAAUGAGUUGGUCCACGACAAGGCAUGGACCGUCAUCCACUCGAUGGACCACGGCAGAUACGCGUAUGUAUGCACGGAGAUUAUGGAAGCAUUGGGCCUUUCAGCCUUCAGCACUCCGGUCAUGGUGAGACUUACAAGCCGCUCCUUCCUUCACCUGACACCUGAAGUGGUGGAGUUCGAAGCAGAGCAUCCGUUUUAUGCUAAGGUCUUACUGCUAGACUCGGAGGUGGUGACGUUUCGCAGCUUGGAAGGAGGCGAAGGGAAACUGGAUCGUGCCGUCGCCGAAGACCACGUGGAUCGGGCCAGCGAAGUUUCCCAGGCCGGUCAGAUCUCGUUGCUCCGACGACCCGUGUCCGUCAGUUUAGCUGGAGAGGUUCAGUAUGGACAAGUGAUCUCGGUCGACCAGAGCAGUGUCACGAUCCGAUCCGGUGGUCAUGAAUUUGUGGCAGCGGCAGCUGCAGUGUCAGUGGUGCCACCAGUGAUUGUUCUGUUGCUUGAAGACGUCGAGUUCAGAAGCGACGAGUGGAGUCCUACUGACCUAGAGGCGAUGGAGCAGUCAAUUCUGAGUCGGCUGCUCGGUACCGGUGGUAGUUCUGCUUCAAAUCAAGUGUCCGAGAUACUGGAAGGUCUGAUGAGUGAGGAAAAUCACCCUAGUGGUGACAAGGACGUGGAAGAGCUCUUUGACCCGUUUCCAGACGACGAUGACUCGCCCCAAGACGAAUCGGAACGCGGUGCUGAAGUUGGUCGGGCGAACACUACCACACAACACGUGACAAAACGACAGCAAGAGGUCACGGUUGCCAACGGCGACGAUGGCCACGUCCUCUCCAAGCGACAACGAGUUCAAACCGCUAUUGAUCAAGACGCAUUGAUUAUCGCAAAAAUAAGCGACGAACCGGACCUUCUCGAGCGUUUCGUGAUGAUUAGGAAGGAGGCCAACGUCAAAGCGCAGCCGGCGGAGGGUGGUGGUACCAUGCGUACUCACGUACAGAAGCCAUCCCCUACGACAAGGGGAAAGAAGUCGUCUAAGUACGCAUUUGCACCGUCCGAGGAGCAGGAAUUAGUUCACGAGCGCAUAACAACGGAGAAGCACAAAGCGGCUGAGGAAGGUGGUGCACUUCGAGCCGUACAGCAACGUUGUAUGACCGAUGACCGGUUGCUCAAGGAUGUGAUGUUGAUAAAGGUGCAUCGGCAAGUGCAGGAUGUACGACACGAGAUGAUGUCGGGACCAGCACGCCUUGAGGGCCACGUUGAACAAGGAUCCCAGCUCCGCAACGGCCGCAACCACGACGUGAUGGCGGUUGUCCCAGCGAGCAUGGGCAUUUCGUUCCCAAGCAGCUACCCGCGAUCGUGA